GCGCUGCGCUUUUGUACUUUGAACUCUCGAAAUAAUUUCGUCACACAAAAAAUCCCGGGCAAAAAUUUCACUCAGAUUGCACAAAAUUCGUGAUUCGCGCUCUGAUUUCACUCUACCUGAGCAUACGGAUCACUUGUAUGCAUGCGUCUAUCCACAAGCAGCUGUCUUCGCGCUCUCUGUCGAUCGCUUUCGAUCUUAGCUGGGAGUGAAGACUCUCCGAGGUUGAAUUGGGGUUAAUUGAGUUAGUUGAGCUGACAAUUUCGGUAAAUUAUUGAUCUUGGGGCAAUUUAAUUAGGUUGGUGUGGUAUUUAGCUGUCGAUGCGUAUUCUAGGGUUUGGUUGUUCGAAGUCUGCUUUGGGAAAAGGAAUUGAAUGUAGGUUGUGCUUGAUUUUACAUAUUGAAGAGUUAGAAGAAAAACAACGUCUUGAAGUAGCUGUGCUGUUGUUUUUUUUGUGAGAGUACAAUAAUUGUUGACUGGAACUGGAAGUGGUAGCCUGGUAGGACAGGAAAAUGUUUUACUCACAGUUCAUAUUGGCGAAAAAGGGGCCGCUGGGAACGAUUUGGAUAGCUGCGCACUUGGAACGUAAGCUUCGUAAGAAUCAGGUUGCUGAUACUGAUAUUGGAGUUUCUGUAGAUUCAAUUCUUUCCCCCGAUGUGCCAAUUGCACUUCGUUUGUCCAGCCAUCUCCUGCUUGGUGUGGUGAGGAUCUACAAUAAAAAGGUGAACUACCUUUUUGACGAUUGCAGUGAGGCUUUGCUCAAAGUUAAGCAAGCUUUUCGAUCUACUGCUGUCGAUCUACCUCCAGAAGAAUCAAAAGCACCAUAUCACUCCAUUACAUUGCCAGAGAAAUUUGAUCUUGAUGACUUUGAGCUGCCAGAUAGCGAUAUUUUCCAAGGUAACUAUGUCGAUCAUCACAUUAGUUCAAGAGAGCAAAUCACUCUUCAAGAUACAAUGGAGGGUGUCAGUUACUCCACAUCAAAGUUUGGGCUGGACGAGAGAUUUGGUGAUGGUGAUAUGUCUGGAUUGGACCUGGAAGAGGAAUUGUUAAUGGAGAAACUUGGUACUGCAGAACCUGCCGAUGAGGGGGCGGAUCCACGGACAUCUUUUGGAUCAACAUCGACUCUUAAGCAAGACCAACAUCCUGAAGAUAUGGGUACUAAUUUGGAAGCCAUGGUUGAUGGUGGUGGUGCAUGUGCUGAUGUAUUGGACUAUGCACAUGCUCCUUGUACUCCUAGACUGGAGGAUGAGCCAAUAUUUUCUAAAGUUCAAGAAGCUUCUGCAUGUGAUGAUCAUCUUGAAUCGGAAUAUCAUAUAACUGGGUCCACUACGAGGGAGAACAUGGAUACAGCUCCUUAUGAGGAUAAACAAGAGGUGGAAUGGUGUUCGCAGAAUGAUAUGAUUAUGGAUGCAGUACCUCAGGGGCCACAUGCGGAGAACGGAUACCUGUCAGGUGGAUUGGAAGCCAAAGAAACAGGGCGACAAGGUCAAACAGAAUCCAUAAAACUGGCUUCGGAAUGCACUAGUGAGAUCAUUAAAGAAUCCGAUAUUCCAGGGCAAACUGAAGCCAUCAACAACAAUUAUAAGAAUGGUUUGGUAUCAAUUGAUGAAGCUCACCGCAACGACCUGUGUCCCAAUGAAGUUGGUCCAGGAGUUUCUGAAGGUGCAUCAGCAAAAAAUGUACAACCUCUUGAUAUUGAAGCUCCUUCCGAUGAACAGCAAAAAUCAUGUCGUGAUGAAGCAGGGUUAUCUUCAGAAGACCAAAAUGGACUUAUUUUAGGGCAACCAGAAACUCAAAUUUGUCAGGGCACUAUUGAAUCCAGAACAUUAAACCUUGAUGCUCAUGACCAAGUCUCAGCUACUGAACCUAAUGUUUUGAGGCCCUGUAGCUCUAUCCAGGACCAAGAUGGUGCAUUAAAACCUGCAGUUAGCCCUACAUAUGAUGGUGAUGUCAAUUCUGUCAUCAACGUUGAAGCAACUGAUGGAGGAGAAGAGACAGCAAAGCUAGGUCAAGUGCAUUCUUUAAAUAUCAAUUCAGAAGAAAAUACGAAGGAAAACAAAGUAAAACAUGAUCCAUCCGGUGAAGAUAUUCUAGUGGCUGCUGUUGAAGCUGAUGGUCUGGCAAAUGCUACCACUGAGCUGCCUGCUCCUGAAAAACUUCUUUCUGUACCAGAAGGACAUAUGGAGUUGCAUAGUGGCAUGAUGAUGGAAGUUAUCCCCAGGGACAUUGAGGGUCUUUAUGAAGAUGACGCUGGGAGCAAAACUGCUGCAGGCAGAAAGCGUACUUUUACUGAAAGUACACUAACGGAACAGAGUCUUAAUUCAGUUGAAUCUUCAAGACAAGUCCGUUUUAAACGAACGACAAGAUCAGUUCCAGAUGAUGACGAUUUACUUUCUUCUAUUUUAGUUGGAAGGAAUACGUCAAUGUUGAGAGUAAAGCCAACACCUCCUCCUUCUGAAGUGACAUCUAUGAAGCGCCAUCGAGCUGCGCCUCGGUCUGGUGGUCCCAAAAGAAAAGUUCUUAUGGAUGAAACAAUGGUUUUGCACGGCGAUGCCAUACGGCAACAGCUGACCAACACAGAAGACAUUCGUCGUGUUAGAAAGAAAGCUCCAUGCACACUCUCUGAAAUAUCAAUGAUACAGAAACAGCACAUGGUCGAUGAAACUUUUCUUGAGCCUGUAUUUGCUGGCAUGUCAGUUGAAUUGGCAUCUUUGCACAAUCGUGUAUAUGAUUUGGGUCGGAUCAAGGUCUGUCAGAAUGAAGUACAUAAUGCAUCUCCGCAAAUUGUGAGUGAACUGAGGCAGCCUUCCCAAAAUGAUGAAAAUAUUAAUCUCUCUGAAACUAUGGUUGAACCAGACAUAAAUUCCCACCGCAAAAAGUCUGGUGCUUGUCUUGAAACUGUGGUUAUGGAUGACAAUGAGGGGCCUGGUAUGACCAAUACAAUAGAAAUUGGUGGGCAGGAUAAAAACGGCGAGUUUUUGACAGUGAGAGAUAAUGAAACAGCUGAGCCAUGUGAUAAUCAUCUUCUGAGUGAAAAUAAGAUAGAAGAAGUUGAUUACACGAGUGCAGCAGUCAAUGAAGAGUGGACCAAGCCUACAACUGUGGGUGCUGCUCUAAUAGAUUCUGGUGCAACUAGUGAUAUCCUUCAUGCUUCAGAUGGUAUCGUUCAGGCAGCUUCUAUAAAUGAAUCUGAAGGUACAAAUGCAUAUGCGGACAAAGAUGAAGCUGUCGUUCUUGAUCAGAGGGAAGCUGUGCCCUCAGAUGAAUUGGACUUUGCAGAAAUUAAUCAUGAACAAGCAAUGGGGAAUGAAGGGAAAGAUAAAGAUGGCUAUGGGGGUGAGUGUGAAACUAACCUUGGAGUGAAGGAUUAUGGUCUGCCAGAGAUGACGCAAGAUGCUGCUGCUUGCUAUGGAGGGCCAGAAUACCACGUUCAGGAUGAAAUUUACAGUACUACAUCUAAAGACCAGCUAGACUUGGAAUUUCCAUAUACAGGAUUCGAAAGCAUGCUGCAAGGUGGCUCAAUGGAUCAAUGCAAAGACCCUGAAGCUUAUCAACUUCAUAUGAUGGAUGGAGAAAUUUCUGGUUUUGACCUGCACGAUCGAGAUGAACUCAAUUAUUUGGCUGAAGGAAAUGAUACAGACUUUCUAAAUGUUGAUGACGAUGACUUGACUGAAAUGGCUGAUGACUAUAUGCCUGAUGCUGAAGACACACGACAUAAUGAGAACAUCGGGUGGUCUUCUCGUACAAGAGCUGUUUCCAAGUAUCUACAAUCUGCAUUUAUUAAAGAGGCACAAUGUGGAAGGGUUUCUCUUUCCUUGGACAGCCUCUUAAUCGGAAAAUCACGCAAGGAAGCGUCGAGGAUGUUUUUCGAAACACUGGUCCUUAAAACAAGAGACUACGUCCACGUGGAAGAGCCAAUCGCGUUUGGUGAUAUAACCAUAAGGCCGCGAACCAGGCUGAUGAAAUCCGAUUUCUAAACCUUCUACGCUGGAAAAUUUCGGAAACAUAUUCAAGAACAAGAUGAGAAUUCUGGACUGCAGGAUCUCAGGCUUAAUUAUUCUGUUCUCUCUCUGUUUUAUUUGCGGCAGCUAGAUUCAUUCUUUUCAUGUGAUGCUUUCAGUCAGAGAUGCUAACUGACUAAUUAGGUUGCUGUUGCAUGUAACUGUCUGUUCAACUCAGUAGAUUGUUUUACCCAAUCAUACAAUAUCUUGUAUUUAUAUGUGUAUAUUUAUACAUAAAAUCUAUCAUGUAAUAUCAAGUUUUUGCGGCAA